AUGACUGAAGGAAGCGAGGAUGUGAAACUAGUGGCAGAUCUUAACGCCAAAUUAAAACUGCUUAAAUUUACACGGGACAAAACUGGCUCAAUUACGACUGGUUCCAUUAUUACUGCUAUGGAACGUCACCUUAAAGCGUUGAACACUGUGCUAGACGAUGUAGAUGGACUGCGAAGAAAUGUUGAACAGUCCAAAUUCGAAAAGGGCGAAGAACUGGAGGUGGUUGCAGAAUGGGGCGCAGAAUUGGACGGGGAGAUUGGGAAAACAGACGAAGCCAUAACUGCACUCAAGAAUGCCAUCACUGAGGUAAGAUCCAACCAAAUAGGUAGAGAUAGAGAGAAAGAGCAUGCGUUAAAAGAAAAGGAACGCAAAGAACAAUUAUUGUUUGAAAAGCGCAAGUUUGAACUCAAAUUAGAAUACGAACAAAAACUUGAUGAAACACGGAAAUCUCAAGGACAAG